UUUCGAGGUUAGUUUUAAAAGAUUUCUUCGAGUUAUGUAUUGCAAAUUCGAAUAUUUGCAAUAACUUCGCAUGAAAAUGAAGUUACCUUGCAUGCCAUCGGUUAUAUACCGCGCAGUUAACCUCACUAUUCGCUCAAGGAAGUGCAGUGUUAUUGAUUAUCGAAAUUUCAGCAAUUUAUAUUUAAACCCCAGAAUGAGUGACAAAAAAAUGAACGGAAUUAGCAAAAUAAACGGCACAGAAGGCAAAGCGCCGUUUCUCAUCGGUGUUUCCGGUGGCACGGCCAGCGGAAAGAGCACAGUAUGUAAGAGGAUAAUGGAAAAACUGGGACAAGUUGAUAUGGACCAGGCACAAAGACAAGUAAUAUGCAUAUCACAGGACAGUUUUUACAGAGAAUUGACCCCCACAGAGAUUUCCAAGGCUGAAAAGGGCCAGUUCAACUUUGAUCACCCAGAUGCUUUUAACGAGACACUAUUAUUGGAAACUUUGCAAGAUAUAUUAGCUGGAAAAAUCGUGCAAAUACCUACAUAUGACUACAGACAUCACUCAUUAAACAAGGAUGAAUUUUUGACAAUAUACCCAGCUGAUGUGGUUCUUUUUGAAGGAAUAUUGGUCUUUUAUUUCCCAGAAAUAAGGAAAUUGUUUCACAUGAAAUUAUUUGUUGACACUGACUCUGAUACAAGAUUAGCUAGGAGAGUUCCCAGAGAUAUUAAUGAACGUGGAAGGGAUUUGGAACAGGUUCUAAAUCAGUAUAUGAAUUUUGUUAAACCUGCAUUCGAGGAAUUUUGCUUUCCUACCAAAAAAUUUGCAGAUGUAAUCAUACCAAGAGGUGCAGAUAACACUGUUGCCAUUGACCUCAUCGUACAGCAUAUUAGAGAAAUAUUGCUCAACAAGGGACGUAAAUCUGAAGAAAGGACCCUUGUGCUGCCUUCGCCAGCUUUCGUGAGAACCCCCAAUUCUUCGCCAAAAAAACACAACACAGCGGACGGUCUGUUUAAGCGGCCGCAUUAAGGAGAACACGCUAGAUAUUUGUAGUUAGUAUGCAGAAAUCGUCUAAAUUCGGCUUUAGUCUUAGUUUUUAACCAUGAAUCGUAAACAAUGUCGAAAACCACGCACUAGGGAUAUGCAGGGAUUAAUUAUACAAUUUGCGUUGACUGCAAAUGUACAAAUAAUACCUUAUAGGUUUAAAUUUAGAUUACACUGGCCGACAAAAUAAACAUUUUUGUUUGCUGAGGGAUAGCAAAUCACUAAAUUUUUCUCAAAAAGCCCUUUUCUUCUCGAUAUUGCGGAGAAAUAAGUUUUGUUUAAUAUAAAACAUAUACUAUACUAUUCAUAUGAACCACUGAAGUUGUGUACACAUAAAAUUAAUUUUAUAAUUUUAAUUGUAAAAUCUUGUUUAAAAAAAAAUGUUUAAGAAAGUUUUCACUUUCACAAUAAUUUCAGUAUAAAUUUCAAACUAUAACAAUAAAAAUAAACCAAAUUUAAAUUCAACCAACAAAAUAUUAUGUUAAAUGCUUAAAACUAUUAUUUAGGUAAACUAUUUGGAUGAUACAAAAAAUGAGUAUUAAAUUAAAAUGUAUCAUAAAAAAUAAUUAUUAUGCCUAGACAUAAUAAUAAUUCGCUACUAAAUGUAUAAAAAAAUUAAUGAAUGUUUUCACAUAAAAAAAAACGUUUUUUCGCAAUAUCGCAAACCAUUUUUGGGUGCAGCAAAAUGGCUGUUGACCAGUUUUAUUAAGCAAUACUACAAUUUUGAUUUAUUGGUAAUACUUUAGUUUCUCUAUUAGCGUCUAUUUACUGUGCUUUAAAAAUAAACUUGUCACUGUUGUGCUGCCAUCCAACCUACGAAUCGGCGUGAUGCGUAAUAAAUAUGGGAAAAGUAAUAUUUUUAUUUAAACGUGAAUACACUAAGGCGCAAAAAGAUGUGACCUUUAUACAAAUUUUCCUGUCCUGAAUAACCCAAGAACAUAAAAAUUUUUGAAAAUACACUCACAGGCAAAAUAAUCGAUCCACACAAAUUAUCGAUAAAUUUCAAUCGCAAAUAACUUUUUUAUUUGAUGUAGGAUUUAAACGAAUAUUAAAGAAUAUUGUAGAUAAAUUAAUGGACAAUCGCUCACAUUUUAAAAAAUUACUAAAAAAUAGACGUACAUUUACUCGUAUAAUAUACAGGUUUAAACAAAAAGAUGUUUUUUACCAUAAGUUUAAGACACUCUGUAGAGUGGCAAAACCGUAUAUUGUUCUAAAUUAAGUUUUAUUUAUCAAGUCACAUCUAUUUUUAACAGUUUUGCUUUUGGUUCACGUUGAUAUAUUUAUUUUUGUGGAAAAUAUGGAUUUCUUUAAAAAAACAUUGCAAUUUCCAAUAUUUUUCUGUAUGAAGAACUAAGGUUGCUAUGGUCCAUCCAUAGGGUAUGGAGAAUGACAGUGACAGUUUUCUUGAAUCAUCUUAUACUUGAACAUGUCAUACACGGCUUUCAAAACCUAUCAAAUUGUUUUUUGCAAAUUAAUGUUUAAAUGUUCAGGUGUCUUCUUACUUUAAAAAAUGGAUAUGUCUCCGACUGAUGUUGCCAGAGCCAGAGCACCUCAAAAUUAACACAUUAAUUUACAACCCUAUUAAAAAUGCCCUAUAGAACCCAUAUUGAUACAGAUAAGGAAACUAAUAUGGAUUUAUAUGGUUCUAUAUGUCCUAUAUGGAACGACCUGGUUUACACUUUGGAAUCUAUAUGGUUUAAUAUGGAAUUUAAUUUUAAAAUGUACAACUUAGGGAUUUUUAUAUGGAUUUAUCUGGUUUCUGUUUUAUGAGUUUUUCCAUAUAGGUUUCCCUAUAUGGUUGAAUAUGGAAUUCCAUUUUAAAAUGUAUAUAUAUUUAAACGAAAAUUGCAUAUUAAACCAUAUAGAUUCCCCUAUAUGGUUAAAUAUGGAUCUAUAAGGUAAUAAUUUUUUCACACCCAAACCAUAUUGGGCCAGAUAGAGCAAUAUGAACCUAUAUGGUAAUCCAUAUAGAAAUCACUUUUCUAUAUGGUUUUCCAGGUAUGGAAUUCUAUCUGGUUCAAUAGUGCAAUGCCUGUUUCAAAUUCCUAUAUUGAACCAGAUAGAUUUUUAUUUUGUGUUUCUAUAUGGCAUUUUUAAUAGGGAAAAAACAAUUUGAUAGCUUUUGAAAGCUGUAUAUGACAUGUCCAAGUAUGGGAUGAUUCAACAAAACUGUCACUGUCAUCCUCCAUAGGCUAUGGAUGGACCAUAGCAACCUUAGUUCUUCAUACAGGAAAAAUAUUGGAAAUUGCAAUGUUUUUUUAAAGAAAUCCAUAUUUUCCACGAAAAUAAAUAUAUCAAGGUGAACCAAAAACAAAAGUGUUUAAAAUAGAUGUGACUUGAUAAUUAAAACUUAAUUUAGAACAAUAUACGGUUUUGCCACUAUACAGAGUGUCUUAAACUUAUGGUAAAAACAUAUUUUUGUUUAAACCUGUAUAUUAUAAACGUACGUGUAUUUUUUAGUAAUUUUUAAAAUGUGAGCGAUUCUCCAUUAAUGUAUCUACAAUAUUCUUUAAUAUUUGUUUAAAUCCGAAAUCAAAUAAAAAAGGUAUUUGCGAUUGAAAUUCAUCGAAAAUUUGUGUGGAUCGAUUAUUUUGCCUGUGAGUGUACAUUUGUUUUUUCCAAAAUGUAUUUACUUUGUAUAACAACAUAAACAGUAAAUCUUUUGGCGUGGUCAGAUGGCAGCACAGUUCAUUUGUAAAGCAUAUAAAAUAGAUGCUACUAUAAUCUAUAAAAUAAAUGGAAUACUUCCUGAUAAUAAUCAUAAUAAUACGUAUUUCAGGUAUCUUAUCUUUCUAAAAAAACCAAAAUUCUUAACAAUUACAAUGCACAUCACUUUAUUGGCUCAAAUUGUGUGUGCCUUUAAAUUCGAUUAUUUAAUAAAAAAAAUAAUAAUAUAAUUUUGCCUUUGUGCAAAUUGGUGCUAAACGUUAUUUAUUUUUAAUAAAAAAUUUACAAUUAGUGUAGAAAACUUAACUUUAUAACAAAAAAUAAAUUAAAUAAGAAAAAUAAGUAACUGAAAAAGUCGAUAUUUUUAAGCAUGUUGUUUUGCCUAAAAUUGUUUCAAUCAAGUAGAUUUUAAUGUUAACAAUAAUUAUUAGUGUAUGAGUCAAUCUAUAGAUAUAUCUAAAUUUUAGUUACAAAAAGUACAUUUCACAUAAAUUAACCCUAAUCCAAUAGCCAGAGCUGUUUAGAGUAAAAAGAAAUAAUAAGUACUUCAGUAAAAGUACUUUUAGAGAAUACCAAGUACAAAUAUUUAAAAGUAGGUACAAAAAGGUAUUAAAAGGUGCUAAAAUAUAUUUUAUGAUUAUUAAUGCAUUUCAAACUAAAAUGUUUCAUACAAAAAGGUGCUGUACAUAAAUUGUACUCUAGAGUACAUUAAAAGGUUUAUAUCUGGAUAUAAAAAAGUUUAAAUGGUAAAAUAUAUUUAGCCCAAAAAAUGUUAAAAAAUUGACUGUACAAAAAAUAUAAUUGGGUACAAUCUUUAUUUAUAUUUAAGUACUUAAGUACCAUGCAGCUCUGAAUAUAGCAACAAAUUUGGCAAACAGCUCAAUUUACCAGCAUAAAAGUAGGUACCUACUAAUAUUUAUAAUCAUUUGGUUAGACAUUUUUUUAUAAUGUAAAAUUUUUGCUAUUUUUGUGUGAUAAUAUGUUGUUAAUGAUGAAACUUUGUUUUUAUAGUAAUCAUUAAGUUUUACAGCUUAAAAUUUUAUUAAUAGAAUAGAUAUUGUUUAGAGUACUAAUAUGUUAAUUUAUUUUGUGAUUUUCAUGUUCUUUUGUUGUGAUAUUUUGACAAAUCUUAUAUUUAUUAAAAUGUUACAUUUUAUAAAUAAAUUAUUUUUCUGUUUGUAAUAAAUAUUAUUAAUUUGUAUACUUAUGAGUUUCAUUUAUUAACUUACAUUAAAAUUACAUUCAUAUAUAAAAAUUAAGCCUAUUUACUGGUAGUAUAAUUCAAUGUUCAUUCCAUCAUGAAUUUCAU